CGAACAUUUCUUAACACACCUAUUAUCAUCAAUGUUCAUAGCCGGGAAAUGGCGACCUCUCACUCUCUCUCCGACUCUUCUCGCUUCUGCUUCCUCUCCAAAUCCUCUUCAUUUUACUUCCCGCUGAAACCAUUCCUUAAUCCUCCUUUAUCUCUUCACUUCCCGCUUAAACCAUUGCUUUCCAUUCCAAAACGAAGGGAACUCAGCCGCGCAUAUGGCGCCGUUGCCACUGACUCCACCCAGCCUACGAUUGCGACUCAGCACGACGUGGCUGAGAGUUCCCAGCCCAAACAGAAGCUUAAGAAGGUCAUCCUUCCGACUAACGAGUCAUCUCAGAGGCUCUUGAGGAUUCGACACACGUGUGCGCAUGUGAUGGCCAUGGCUGUUCAGAAGCUAUACCCAGAUGCAAAAGUGACUAUUGGACCGUGGAUAGAUAAUGGGUUUUAUUAUGAUUUUGAUAUGGAGCCUUUAACAGAUAAAGAUCUCAAGAGGAUUAAAAAAGAAAUGGAUCGGAUCAUUGGUCGAAAUUUGCCAUUGGUAAGGGAAGAGGUUACCCGGCAUGAAGCACAGAGAAGGAUAAUGGCUAUGAAUGAACCUUAUAAGAUGGAAAUUUUGGAAAGUAUCAAGGAGGAACCCAUCACUAUCUAUCAUAUUGGUGAUGAAUGGUGGGAUCUUUGUGCUGGGCCCCAUGUUGAAACUACUGGCAAGAUUAACAGGAAAGCUGUUGAACUCGAGUCUGUUGCUGGUGCUUACUGGAGAGGAGAUGAAAAGAAACCUGUGCUACAGAGGAUCUAUGGAACUGCAUGGGAGAAUGAAGAACAACUGAAAGCUUACCUUCAUUUCAAAGAGGAAUCUAAACGUCGGGAUCAUAGACGCAUUGGUCAAGAUCUUGAUUUGUUUUCUAUACAGGAGGAUGCUGGAGGAGGUUUAGUCUUCUGGCAUCCAAAAGGUGCAAUUGUUAGGCAUAUUAUAGAAGAUUCAUGGAAGAAGACACACAUUGGACAUGGUUAUGAUUUGCUAUAUACUCCUCAUGUUGCAAAGGCAGAUCUUUGGAAAAUCAGUGGUCACCUGGACUUCUAUAGAGAGAACAUGUAUGAUCAGAUGAAGAUUGAGGAUGAGCUUUACCAACUUCGGCCAAUGAAUUGCCCUUACCAUAUAUUAGUUUAUCAAAGGAAACUUCAUUCUUAUCGGGAUUUUCCAAUUAGAGUCGCAGAGCUUGGAACCGUAUAUAGAUAUGAGUUGUCUGGUAGCUUACAUGGCCUUUUCCGUGUAAGAGGUUUCACCCAGGAUGAUGCGCACAUAUUUUGUUUAGAAGAUCAAAUUAAGGAUGAAAUCAGAGGUGUUCUGGAUCUUACUGAAGAGAUACUACUGCAAUUUGGUUUCAACAAGUAUGAGGUGAAUCUCUCGACUCGACCAGAAAAAGCUGUUGGUGAUGAUGAUAUUUGGGAAAAGGCAACAUCUGCACUUAAAGAUGCUUUGGAUGAUAAGGGCUGGAGCUACCAGAUUGAUGAAGGUGGUGGGGCCUUUUAUGGUCCAAAAAUUGAUCUUAAGAUUGAGGAUGCUCUUGGAAGAAAGUGGCAGUGCUCAACCAUACAGGUUGAUUUUAAUUUACCACAGAGAUUUGAUAUUACAUACGUUGACUCAAACUCAGAGAAAAAGCGCCCUAUCAUGAUUCAUAGAGCAGUGCUUGGAUCCUUGGAGCGAUUUUUUGGAGUUCUCAUUGAGCAUUAUGCUGGAGAUUUCCCAUUGUGGCUUUCCCCAAUACAAGCUCGAGUUUUGCCAGUUACUGACACACAGCUUGUAUACUGCAAUGAGGUAACUCGCAAACUAAAAGCUAAUGGCAUUCGAGCUGAAGUUUCUCACGGUGAGCGCUUGCCUAAACUCAUCCGAAAUGCUGAGAAGCAGAAAAUCCCCUUAAUGGCAGUUGUAGGUCCCAAGGAAGUAGAAACGGAAACUGUUACUGUUAGAUCCAGGUUUGGCGGGGAGCUUGGAACCAUAAAAAUUGAUGAUUUCGUCUGUAGAAUCAAGAGUGCAAUUGAAAACGGAAUCUCAAUCUAAAUGUUCUGUGCUGGGGUAGUGGGUACUUAAUUAUACUAUGGAAUUGAAUACAUAGCAGAAAGUCAAAACAGAGUGAUAUAAACCAUGUAAAAUUUUGCUUUGUAAAUGUGCAUCGUGUUGCUGGCAGCUUUUUGGCCAUUGUUUUUGAUUAACAGUAGAUAUGCUGUUCCAUAUCUGCUGGGGUAAUUAUCUUGUUAUAAGUUUUUAUUUGCAUUUCAAAAUUUAGGUUGGCAAAGUUAUAAAAUGUACAAUAAGAC